GCCCCAUGCUGCUGAGCGGAGCUCCGCCCGCGGGCUCCGGCCCCGGGCCGCGGGCUCAGGGGGGUGCGGGGGGCGGCCCGGGGGGCUCGCGCCGGGGCGCUGGGGGGCCCGGGGCCGGCCCGGGAGGAGGCGGCAGUGGCGGAGUGGCCAAGUGGCUCCGGGAGCACCUGGGCUUCCGUGGGGGGAGCGGCGGCGGCGGUGGGGGCAAGCCGGCGCCCCCGGAGCCGGACUACCGGCCGCCCGUCCCCGCCCCGGCCGCGCCCCCCGCGCCCCCCCCGGACAUCCUGGCCGCCUACCGGCUGCAGAGGGAGCGGGACUUCGAAGACCCCUACUCCGGAGGGCCGUCCGGCUCCGCUGCCCUGGCCGCCCCGGCGGUCCCCGGCCCCACGCCGCCCCCGCGCCACGGCUCGCCCCCCCACCGCCUUAUUCGGGUCGAGACCCCGGGUCCCCCAGCGCCCCCGCCCGAGGAGCGGACCCCUGGACCCCCGGCCAGCAGCGACAGGUUGGCAAUCCUAGAAGACUAUGCAGACCCGUUUGAUGUCCAGGAGACUGGUGACAGCCUAGUAGGAGCUUCAGGAGCCCCAGAGAAGGUCCCGGAAAACGAUGGCUACAUGGAGCCCUAUGAGGCCCAAAAGAUGAUGGCCGAGAUCCGGGGCUCCAAGGAGACAGCCACUCAGCCCCUGCCUCUGUAUGACACACCCUAUGAGCCAGAAGAGGAGGGGGCCACCCCCGAGGGUGAGGGGACCCCUUGGCCCCGGGAGUCCCGCCUGCCUGAGGACGAUGAGAGGCCGCCCGAGGAGUAUGACCAGCCCUGGGAGUGGAAGAAAGAGCGGAUUUCUAAAGCCUUUGCUGUUGACAUUAAGGUCAUCAAAGACCUACCUUGGCCUCCACCGGUGGGACAGCUGGACAGCAGCCCCUCCCUGCCCGACGGGGACAGGGACAUCUCCGGUCCAGCCUCACCCCUCCCCGAGCCCAGCCUGGAGGAUGGCAGCGCCCAGUUUGAAGGAUCUGAGAAGAGCUGCCUGUCACCCGGCCUGGAGGAGAAGGGGCGUCUACCCCCCCGACUCUCUGCAGGGAACCCCAAGUCAGCCAAGCCCCUAAACAUGGAGCCCAGCAGCCCCCUGGGGGAGUGGACAGACCCAGCACUGCCUCUGGAAAACCAGGUCUGGUACCAUGGGGCCAUCAGUCGAACAGAUGCCGAGAACCUGCUCCGGCUGUGCAAAGAGGCCAGCUACCUGGUGCGCAACAGUGAGACCAGCAAGAAUGACUUCUCCCUGUCCCUCAAGAGCAGCCAGGGCUUCAUGCAUAUGAAGCUGUCUCGGACCAAGGAACACAAGUAUGUGCUGGGCCAGAACAGCCCGCCCUUCAGCAGCGUCCCUGAGAUCGUGCACCACUACGCCAGCCGCAAGCUGCCCAUUAAGGGGGCCGAGCACAUGUCCCUGCUCUACCCCGUGGCCAUCCGGACUCUGUAGGUGUGAGGCUUGGGCACUGCGGCAGACCCGGACCCAGUCCUGUGCCUGCGCCCUGGCUGAGGGCUGCGGUCCUUCCCAGGGCCAUGAUCUCCCAAGCCUUUCUUCCCCUCUCCCUGGGGUGGAGUGGGAACUGGAGAUUCCUUAAUUUAUUCUAAAGAGUAAGGGCUAUGGGCCUUGGAGUAAGAGGAGGUCUGGAGCUGAGGAGAGAAGAACCCCUGGGCAGCCCCUGGAGGAAGGGGGCUCCCAAACCGCGAGGCUCCCGAAGAGUUUAAGAUCCGCCGCUCCAGGCCCUUUCCGCCUCUGGGGCCGAGGUGGCCACCUACUUCCCCUCCACCCUCCACCCCCAGGUCAGUACGGGGUGGAGCAGGACGCAGGCCCGCCGGGCACCCUGACCUCUUCCCCUCCACCCACAAACGAGGGGCAGACCCCUGGGAUGGAGAUGGCAUUGGGCGGGAGCGGCGGGGAAGGGAUCGGGACGGAGGGAAUCGGUGCGGUCCCCCGGCCGUUCCGGCUCCCGGCCAGAGGCAAUAAAUAAACCCAGGGCUGCCAGGCA